GUGCUGUCGCGGCUGCGGGGCUGGGCCGAGCCCGCGGCCCGGAAGCGGCGGCGGCGGCGGCGGCUGAAUGGGCCGCGGCGGCUGGUGCGGGCGCGGGUCCAUGUGGAGGCUGCGGGCCGGGAUCAGCGCGCUGCGCGAAGGGGUGUGGGCGCGUUUCUCGGGGCGUGCCGGCGCUGAGGCCGGGACCAGGGCCGGCAUGGAGCGCGCCGUGGUGCGCUGCGUGCCCUCGGAGCCCAAGCUGAGCCUGUCGUUCGCGAUGGCCGACGGCAGCCACAAGCACAUGCAGCGAGACCAGAGCGAGCCGCUGGGCCGGGCGCUCAGCCGCAUCGCCACCAACGCGCUCAAGGGCCACGCCAAGGCGGCGGCGCGCAAGGGCCGCCGGGGCGCGGGGGCGGGGGGCGCCGGCACCGCGGGGGCCGGGAGCGGCGGGAGCGCCGGCACCGCGGGGGCCGAGCCCGCCGCCGGCCCCGCCGAGCCCCUGGUCAAGCUCUACUACCGCGAGGAACCCGUGGGCGAGGACGUGCUCAACGUGGACGCGUGGCAGGACGGCGCCGUGCUGCAGAUCGGCGACGUCAAGUACAAGGUGGAGCGCAACCCGCCCUCCGUCACGGAGCUGCAGCUGCCGCGCUACAUCAUGGCCGGCUUCCCCGUCUGCCCCAAGCUCGGCCUCGAGUUCGGCGAGCCCGAGCGCUCGCUCUUCGCCUGGUUCCGCGAGGCGCGACCCGGGAACGACGGGGACGCGCCGGGGGCGAGCGCAGGGCCCGCCUGGGUGGAGGUGGACGGCGCGCACGGGCGCGUCUUCACGCCCUCCAACGCCGACGUCGGGCUGCGGCUGAAGCUGCGCUGCACGCCGGGUAACGGGCAGCGGCUGGGCCCCAGCCGCGAGCUGGAGAGCGCGGGGCCCGUGGAGGCCGGGCCCGGCGCCUGCACCUUCGACCAGCGGCACCUGUACACGCAGCGCGUGAGCGGCGACGGGCGGGUGCGCGCCGUGACGUACAACGUGCUGGCCGACGUGUACGCACACACGGAGCACUCGCGCGCCGUGCUCUACCCCUACUGCGCGCCCUACGCGCUGGGCCUCGACUACCGCCUGAACCUGCUGCAGAAGGAGCUGAGCGGCUACAGCGCCGACCUGCUCUGCCUGCAGGAGGUGGACCGCUCCGUCUUCCACGACAGCCUGGCGCCCGCGCUCGACGCCUUCGGCCUGCACGGCCUCUUCCGCCUCAAGCAGCACCAGCACGAGGGCCUGGCCACCUUCUUCCGCAGGGACAAGUUCCGCCUGCUGGCCCAGCACGACAUCGCCUACCACCAGGCGCUGUCCGGAGACCCCCUGCACGGCGCGCUGCUGGAGCAGCUGGCGCGCUACCCGCAGGCGCGCGACCGCGUGCUGCAGCGCUCCUCGGCGCUGCAGGUUUCAGUUCUUCAGUCUACAGAGGACUCUUCUAAAAAGAUUUGUGUUGCAAACACUCAUCUCUACUGGCAUCCAAGAGGUGGGCACAUUCGUCUCAUACAGAUGGCAGUGGCCUUGAAUCACCUUAAACAUGUGACACAAGUCCUGUAUCCCGGCAUCCCCAUCUUAUUUUGUGGGGAUUUCAACAGCACGCCAUCCACAGGAAUGUACAGUUUUGUCAGCACUGGUAGCAUCUCUGAGGACCAUGAAGACUGGACCUCCAAUGGUGAAGAGGAGCGCUGCAACAUGUCUCUCACCCAUCCUUUCAGACUGAAAAGUGCAUGUGGCGAACCUGCCUACACUAAUUACGUUGGAGGGUUCCAUGGAUGUCUAGAUUAUAUUUUCAUUGACUUCACUGCUUUAGAGGUUGAACAGGUGAUACCAAUGCCAAGUCAUGAAGAAGUUACCACCCAUCAAGCCUUACCCAGCGUUUCCCACCCCUCCGAUCACAUAGCCCUUAUUUGCGAUUUAAAGUGGAAGUAGACUCGAUGCCUCCGAAUGGCAGGCAAUUGUUGAGACAAAACAAGAAAUUCAAUGACUUAGGAUCUAACUUGAAUCAAGGUGUACAUUAUAACCUUGACAAGAGGGGAAACAGAAGUGUUCAUACUCUUACCACUGGCUCUGUUCCAAACAUGUUCUUCAUUUAUGUGACUGCUCAUGGCAUCUGCAUGGUUCCCCUUCCUUUCUUUUCUCAACAGAGAGGAAAGAAAACAAAUCUAUUUAAAACUCUCCCCCCAAAUUGGAUGAUCAUAGACCUUUUUUAAUAAGUGAUUUUUAAACCGUGAUUAAGAGCUUAUUUUGUCUUUUAAGAAACCUGAGUGAUUCUAAUGGGACUUCUAGAGUAGUAGUGUACCUUUUAAACCUGAACCAUGUUUUUAUAAUUAAGGGAAAUCUUGGUUACCAAGUGUAAAGUGAGAGUGGCCAGAGGUGAAUCCUUGCAAAGGAAGGAAUGCUAUCAGGUCCAACCCUGUCUCCCUCUGGAUGAGCCACUUUAGAAAAGAAGAGCUUUAAGAAGACAUUAAGUGUAUUGUGACCUACAGCCAUCCCUUCUUUCUGUCACCACUCCAAUUUUGCAGCCAAAACACAGGAUCUUAGUAGGGCUUUGGUUUUUGAUGACUAGCCACCAGGGAAUGUAUUCCUGCGACUGUUCUUAAUGUGACCAAUUUAAAAUUUUAGAUUGUAAACAAAAAUUAGCUCCAGUAAAAGGAUGUUCCCUAUUAAACCUGUAAGAAAAUACAGUA